AGCUCUCCUGUCUCCACGCCCUCACCUAGCCUGGUCCUGGGGCUGCUGGGAGACCGCAGAGAUGAGGCGCAGAGCUGGCUCUCCCCACUCACCCUCCACUUCCGAAGCUGCCUGAGUUGCCUGAGUGAGCCAUAGGGGCCGAGAGCAGCAUCAAAAUACUCCAGGGAAAAGCUCACUCCCAUUCCAGCCCCAGCUUGUCCUCUAGUCCUUAUGUAGAAUAAGCAUAGGAGGAAGAUUUCGUUUGAAAGAGCGUUUGCAGCCCUGGCAGUGGGGGCUGUGCCCGUGGUGCUCGGUGCCAUGGGCUUCACUGGGGCAGGAAUCGCCGCAUCCUCCAUAGCAGCCAAGAUGAUGUCCGCAGCAGCCAUCGCCAACGGCGGUGGGGUUUCUGCGGGGAGCCUGGUGGCUAUUCUGCAGUCUGUGGGGGCAGCCGGACUCUCCACAUCAUCCAACAUCCUCCUGGCCUCUGUUGGGUCAGUGCUGGGGGCCUACUUGGGGAAGUCACCUUCUUCUCUCCCAGCUGAACCCGAGGCUGAAGGAAAUGAGGCAACAGAAAAUGUACCCCAAGGUGAACCUCCAAAACCUCCACUCAAGUCAGAGAAACAUGAGGAAUAAAGGUCACAGGCAGAUGCA